GUAGGCUGGAAGUAUCACAUCAUCACAGUCUUUCUGAAGGAGGAGUACAAGGAAAAAACCAUGCUGUGACACAAGAAGGAGAAGCUGCUCAGACUUAAAGAGCAGCCAGAAAAGUUCAUCGAAGGCACUGCUGCCAAGUGCACAGAUGUGUGGAGCUACGCCACUGUCUUAGAGCCUCCGUGUGCAUUUGCUAUGACAUACAUCAGUGUUGAUGAGAGACAGGAACACUGCCGGGUGAUUGUGAGCUGCCAAAAUAAUCAGCUCUAUGCACAACAUGGCUUAAAGGAUUUUUCAGUUAGCAGCAUGCAUCCACUAAAGAACCUAGACACUCGUAUUUUUUCGGGGGACUUCCACACUCUAGACUCCUGCCACACAGGCAAGGCACCUUUGGGCAGUCCUGUGGAAAACCGGAUGUAUCGGAGCGUGGAGAACCUUCACUGGGCGACUGGUGCCGACUCUGGGCUCUAUUCUCACUGCCGGAGCCUGGAUAAUGAGAUCAUCUUUCGCUAUAGAGGAACCAGUCAGUGGACAAGAGGCUGUGUGGAUGUGGCCCCAGUACAGAGCACAUCGGACUCUCUGAGACACCUUUCUCUCCAUGCCAAACAGACAUCUCGAUCGGCACAGAAUGUGUUCCUCCCUCCCUUUGCCAAAGUGCCUCAGUGGCUUUUCCCUUCUGCAGAGGAAAAAGCUCUACAUGGGGAAGCCAAAAAAGAGCUGAAAGAGAAGCUGAGGCUGCACAGCAGUAAGGUGGCAGAGCCCUGCAAGCCAGUGCGUCCAGAGGCAGCCCUGCCUGACCUUAUGGCCCGAGAGUUUUUUGAAUGCCAGAUGUGCCAGCAGUACAAGAAUGGCUGUGCUGUCAACUGCUGCACAGUUUUGGUGGAGCACACUGCUCUCAGGCACAGCCUCACAGGGAGGCAGGGACUGUGUUUUGCGCACAGGAUCAUCAGUCCAGAAGACAUCAAGCAGGAGGCUCAGAGGAGGCUUCAGCUCCGAAGGCAGAAUAGCUCCCCCAAUUUGCCCCUUCAGCAUGCCAGGGAAAGCCUUGAGAUGUCCAAAUCCAGAACAGCAGAAACCCUGGAAACGGAUGUCAAAGUCACAUUGGGACAGAGCAAGAAAGGCCGCUGCAAAGGGAGGCUCUACAUACCCACCUUUGAGGAAUUCAAGCAAAUGAGAAGUAAGGAGGCAAAUUCAUCUGCCAGCAUCAGUGGGCCAACCGAGUGCUUGAAUACGGGUCUGCCUGCAAACCGGACCCUGGAGGAGGAAAACAAUAAGGACAUCUGUCCAGAAGCUCUGGAGACCAAAGCUGUGAAUGACUCUGCUAUCACAGCAGAGGAUGACGACGAUGUGUUCCCUGAAAACCACACCUCUGCUGGCUUUUCCCAAUAUCCAGCCACAUGGGAUAGUUUCAGAAUGAGCAGUCCUGAGCCGACAGUGCUGGAAUUGUGCGUCAGCAGUAUGACCUACCAGCAUAAGUUCACAAGUGAAGCCUUUAAGAAGAAGCAGAUUUUUGUUAUAAGACUCUUUUGUUAA